GACACACGGAAGCUCCGGCUCGCUGCUCGCGGAACCGGGCUGUCCGUCCGAGCCUUGAUCCAGUGGGAUGUUAACGGAACCGGACUCCACGGACGGGGCUGCACGCGCAUUCUGCAGAGCUUUGUGAGGAGCUUCUCGGUGGUUCCUGCUGGUCUUCAUCAUCAUCAUCAUCAGCGGCUGCAGAGGUGUGGAAGGUGAAGGCCAUGACUGGCGCUGAGGCUGACGACGACAUCCCUUUAGGAGAACGAAAGACCGUCACUGACUUCUGCUAUCUGCUGGACAAGUCCAAACAGCUCUUCAAUGGGCUCAGGGACCUUCCUCAGUAUGGACACAAACAGUGGCAGUCAUACUUUGGGAGGACAUUUGACGUCUAUACCAAACUGUGGAAGUUCCAGCAGCAGCACAGGCAGGUUCUGGACACCAGGUACGGUCUGAAGAGAUGGCAGAUCGGAGAAGUUGCUUCUAAAAUUGGACAACUUUAUUACCAUUAUUAUCUUCGUACGUCUGAGACGAGUUACCUGAACGAGGCGUUCUCCUUCUACUCUGCCAUCCGUCAACGGUCCUACUACCAUCAGGUCAACAAGGAGGACAGGCCCGAGCUGGUGGUGAAGAAGCUCCGAUAUUAUGCUCGCUACAUCGUCGUGUGUUUGCUCCUCAACAAGAUGGACCUCGUCAAGGUGCUGGUGAAGGAGUUAUCUGAGGAGAUCGAGGACUACACCCAACGCUUCAACACGGAGGACCAGCUGGAGUGGAACCUGGUUCUGCAGGAAGUGGCAACUUUCAUCAAGGCCGACCCGGCGGUGGUUCUGAACGACAACAACUCGAUGGUUGUCACCAACAACAGGAUGCAGGAGGGCAGCGUUCCCCCUCUGGAGCAGGGCAUGGUGGUGGGACAGCUGGUCCUGGCUGACUCCUUGAUCAUUGGCAACUGGAACAACCAGGUGAAGUUCAGCGAGUUGACCAUCGACAUGUUCCGCAUGCUUCAAGCUUUAGAGAGGGAACCUGUGAACCUGGCAACUCAGACCUCCAAACAAGGACCACUGGAACCCAGUGAGAAACAAGCAAAAAGAGAAAAUCCUCAUAAAUAUUUACUGUACAAACCAACGUUCAGCCAGCUUUUUACAUUCCUGUCUGCCUCCUUUAAGGAGUUACCUGCCAACAGUGUGCUGCUGGUGUAUUUAUCAGCUACAGGAGUCUUCCCAACAGGACAUUCAGAUUAUGAAGUGGGUCCAUAUGACUUUGGAGGAGUUCUGACGAACACCAACCGAGAUGUGGUGAACGGAGAGAUGGUCCAGAAGAGGAACCAGGCCCAGAAAGAGAUGCACUGCCUUCAUCCAGGGGAUUUAUUUCCAUUUACCAGGAAGCCUCUGUUUAUCAUCGUGGACUCCUCCAACAGCACAGCUUAUAAGAACUUCAGCAAUCUGUUUGGUCAGCCUCUGGUGUGUCUGCUCUCACCUACAGUUUACCCUAAGAGUGUACCAGACGCGUCCCAGCGGGGGAGUCUCUUCACUCUGUUCCUCUACAGUCCUCUGCUGGCAUUUUCCUCCAUCUGUGGACUAAACAGCAUUGGACAGGGGCUCUGGGAGCAGGCGCAGGAGUUCCUCCAUAAAGUCUUCCGGGACAUCGGACAGAUGAUAACUCGCUCACGGACCAUAGAUCAGGCCUUUCUGCAGUUUUUCGGUGACGAGUUCCUGCGGCUGCUCCUGAUCCGGUUCGUGUUCUGUUCUGCUGUGCUCCGACUCCAUAAACUCUUCCGGGAGUGUCGGAGCUUCCCGGAGUCGUACCCCGAGCUGCCAAAGCAGGACACGGUGGAGAGCAGCCUCCUGCAGAAGCACAUCCUGGACCUGGCUGCCAUGCUGGACGUCCAGAACUUAUUUUGGGACAAUUCACUGGAAACCUACUAACUUCUCUGAACGGGACAACCCAUGUUGAGACAGACUGAAGAACCGGAGAUCAGACCGGUCUCUGGUCUUUGUUUUUAAAGGUAAACACAUGCUGGACUCAAUCAGACAUCCUGUGUCUCCAUGUCUCCAUCUGUAGGAACCGGUGUCAUGUUCUCGACGACUUGAACCCAUUUUUAUUCUCACCAAACAAAAAGCACCAACAAGCCACAGCCUUCGCUUCAUGUUUGUGUCAUUUCUCUUCAGUUCUUUAUUGUUUGUUGGUUCGUAUAGAAUUAAAAGCUGGGAGAGAAGAGCAGCACCAGGAAGCAGCCAAAACCCUUCACAAUAAGAGCACAGCAGAAUACAGAUUUCACUAAAAUGUUGGAUCAGAAUUUACAAAAUAAACUGGAAGUCAACGCUCAUCUGACUUCCAGCAGGUGGUUUCAUGUUUUUAUUAAACUUAGUUUAAAAAUUAUAAAUAUUAAUGUUGUUAAUCAGCAUGCCAGCUGUA